GACGGCAGACGGCAGUCGUUCAACCAAAAAAAAAAAAAAAAACACCAAAAACAAAAGAAAAUUAAUGAAUCCCAAGUCCCCCCCCUGAAAGUGAAAACGAAAAAAGAACAGUUCUAAUUUGAAGUUGAAAAGCAAAGCCCUAAAAUUUCUGUCUUUGUUCCUAUUUUUUGGUGGCUUAUAGCCUUUUCGAUCUUUCGCUGAAAGGGCAGAGGAAAUCAAUCAUGAGAGGAACAAAACGUCUCGCCACAUCGUCGUCGGAGUUGGCGCCGGAGUCCAAUGACACGGGUAUGCGAACUAAAAGGGCAAUGGGAUCCUUUUCUGAUGUUCACAAGGCAGUAACAUCGCAGAAGCAGUUCAAAACUGCAACGCCAUCUCUGGAUGUGCAGCGAGCUGAGUUGUCUCGACAGCAUGUGAGAGCUCUCAAUUCCCAAUUCGCCAGCUGGGUGCAAAAACAACUUAACAACCACCCUGAUGAACUUUGGGAAGAUGGAGUUCAUGACUAUCUUACUCAUGCAUCCAGUAUCAUGCAAAAGUUCAGUGAUGUAGUGAACUGGUUAAAAGCAAAUGGAGCCAAGGGAGGACUUGGUGCCGAAUCUUCUGCCAGUGACAAAAAACCAUCACCUGAUACUAAUAAGAUAAAUGAGAAUAAUUUAUCUAAUGAGAGACAACCUGCUUUUGCUUCAACAAGUACGAGCUUUACUACAGCUGCAUUGCCUCCUGCCAUAUUCUCCUACAAUCAAAGCUCGGGAGCAGUGUCUAGUAGUAAAAACUCCAGCCUGCUUCUGUCAAAUAGCCAAAGCUCUGGAAUGUUCUGCGGUAGCCAAAGCCCUGCGUUACCUACAAACAGUCAAACGUCUGGAUUAUUAUCGAGCAGUCAGAGUACUGGGAUUUUCUCAAAUAGUAAGUUGGGAUCCUUGGCCGACAAUCAAAGUGCUGGUUUAUUCUCCAAAAGUCAAACCCACAGUGCCGGGUUACUAUCCAAUAGUCAAGGUGCUGGGAUGUUCUCCAAAAGUCAAACCCAAAGCUCCGGGUUACUAUUGCAUAGUCAAGGUGCUGGGUUAUUCUCAAAUAGCCAAACCCAAACUUUUGGGUCACUAUCCAAUAGCCAAGGUGGUAAUUUAUUCUCAAGUAGUUCGGGCCCUGCAUUGUUUUCAAGCAGUCAAAGUACUGGGUUCUUUUCCAGCAGUCCAAGCAGUGGAUUGUCUUCUGAGAGUCCAAGUUCUGCGGGUGGGUUUGCCAGCGUACCAGCUCCUAUCUUGUUUGGGGGUCAAAGUUCAGCUACCACAAAAGAUAAUGCCUCAGAUGAUGCAGCUGAUGGAGAUGAAUUGCCACAGCCUGGCAGUCCAUCAGUGAAGAAGGUUGAAGAAAAGGGUGUUGCCGUUGUCCAUCAAGUCAAGUGCAAACUCUAUGUCAAGCCAAAACCUUGUUUUCAGUCAAUUGAUCCUGCAGAUAAAGACACAUGGAAGGACAAAGGACCAGGGCAGCUUUCUAUAAAAUGUGCCGAGGGUGUCAGCAAGGGGACGAAAGAAUCAAGCCCAACUCUUAUCAUUCGUAAUGAUCUGGGGAAGGUGCUACUAAAUGCUUUGCUUUACCCAGGAAUUAAGACGAGUUUACAGAAGAAUUCUGUGGUUGCCAUAUUUCAUGUAGCGGCGGAUGAUUCUGGUAGCAAUGAGAGCGUCGCGGCAAGAACAUUCUUAAUCCGAACAAAAACUGAGGACGAUCGGGACAAGCUAGCAACCGCUAUCCGGGAAUAUGCGCCUGAAUCGUGAAUGUUUGAAUUUGUUUGAUCACAAAACUUAUCCAAACGAUAUAAUUUAUGAUAUGAUCACUCCCUCUAACUCUGUCAGAUUUUGGAUUUGUUUGAUUUCAUAGCCAAGUGCCCAAUUUUAGGAUUUCAACAGCUUGGCAUUCAUAAAUACUGAAAGAUCUCUUUGACGUUAUCACAAAACUAAAAGAAUGGAAUACAGAAAGUAACGAUCUAGCAAAGCAUCAUCAAUCUAUCUACUCCUUUGAUAUCGUUUAUUGUUUCUAGUUUCGAAGUUUGUUCGGCAAGAAAUCAAGCAACCCAAAAAGAAUCAAACUAGUUAAGGAAAAUAAUAGAUGGAUUGUUCAAAAACAGUUGAGUUUCUAUCCUUCAAACUAGGGGUCUUUUCUCUUCAUCUUCUUGUUCUUCACCUUUUCCUACACCCGAAUUGGUUUCCUCGUGUAACUCCAAUUGCUUACGUGUGAUCAUCUUCGGAGGAAGUUUGGCAUCUGACAUCAUCUUUAACAUGAUUCCCAUGGCGAUCAGUAGCAAUCCAGACCCAUGCUGCUCAGUCAAUGGCUUUGUGAAUAUCAUAUAAGAUAGCAACAAAGUGACUGCCUUCCUAGCAGUUGUUAU